AUGUCCAAGGCAAAACGACGACGUAUUACUUCGGCGUUUUCGUUAUUCGUCGAGGACACUCCUCCUGCAGAUAUCGCGUACCGACAUGUCUCAUAUCAGAGCCACGGGAGCUCGCUUUGCCGGUCCACAGGCUCUGUCCUGCUCCCCCCACUUCUGGAUAGCCAAUCUCCAGCAUGGGAACCCGCUUGGAACAACGAAUACACCACCUCUGAGCAAAACUCACUAUUCCCCCCUGAUUCCUCAAGUACCCUCCCUGAUCCCGGUAACUUUGGAGACCUCGAUAUAGCGUACAUCAAUGAGCUUUCAGAGCUUGACAUAGAGCUGGUCAAAAAGCGAAAUCGGACAGCGGCAGUAAGUGUUUGA